AUGCUCUCCAGGGGCAUCAAGUACAAGCGGCUCGACGAUGUGGAGAUCGGCGAGCCGGGGCAGGAGCUGGUGGCGGUUCGUGUGGCAAUCCGUGGCAUGACCUGCCAGUCCUGCGUGCGCAGCAUAGAGGGCUCCGUGCGGGAGUUGCCCGGCGUCGAGGAUGCCAAGGUGGAACUGUCGGAGCACGCCGGCUACUUCCGCUAUGACCCGCGCGUCUGCUCCGUGGACGCAAUCCGCUCACACAUAGAGGACAUGGGGUUCGAGACGCCCGUCGACGGCGCCGACGACGAAACCAAAAAUCUCCUACCGAAAGAGAUCCCGACGGACACACUGAUCGACAUGUGUGCGCCGGAGGAGAGCGAGGUGGUGCUCUCCGUGGUCGGCAUGACCUGCCAGUCCUGCGUCGACACCAUCGAGGGUCGGCUGCGUGAGAUGAGCGGUGUGCGCGCGGCGUCCGUGAGCCUGGCGGCAGGCGUGGCGAGGGUGCGCUCUUCGCCAGACCUCGUCAGCCCCUCGCAGCUGGCGGACGCCGUCUACGACCUGGGCUUCGACGUAGCCGUCCUCACGGUCGACGGGCGACCACAUUCGGAGUCCGCCUCGCAGACCAAGAGCCAGAGGGACGCGUCCGGAGACGGCGUCAGGUCGGCCCAAGUGUCCAAGACACAGCUCAACGGCGGGGCGGGGGGCGCGGAGGCGACGUCGCGCUGCACGCUGGAGGUGCGCGGCAUGACGUGCGCCUCGUGCGUGGCCGCCAUCGAGAAGCACUGCGCCAAGAUAUACGGAGUGCAGUCGGUGGUGAUCGCGCUGCUGGCCGCCAAGGCGGAGGUGAGCUACGAGCCUCGAAAGGUGUCGGCCGCGGAUAUCGCGCAGGCGAUCACCGCCCUCGGCUUCCCCUCCGACGUGCUCAGCGACGGCGACGGCUGCGGCCAGCGCGAUCUCCUGCUGCACAUAAAAGGCAUGACCUGUGCGUCCUGCGUGAGCAAAAUAGAAAAGACUGUACUUAAACUGAGCGGCGUCGUGUCCUGCGCCGUUGCACUAAGCACUUCCAAGGGCAAAAUCAAAUACGACUCGGAGAUGAUCGGGCCGCGGACGAUUUGCGAGGCGAUCGGCAGCCUGGGCUUCGAGGCGACGGUGGCCAGCCCCCACGGCCGCGGCACCACCGACUACCUGGAGCACAAGGAGGAGAUCAGGAAGUGGCGCAACGCGUUCCUGGUGUCGCUGGCGUUCGGCGCGCCGUGCAUGGUGGCGAUGGCGUACUUCAUGGGCAGCAUGGGCCAGCACGGCGCGCGCGACAUGUGCUGCCUGGUGCCCGGCCUCAGCCUCGAGAACCUGCUCAUGUUCCUGCUCUCCACGCCCGUGCAGCUGCUGGGCGGCUGGCACUUCUACCGGCAGGCCUACAAGGCGCUGCGCCACGGCAGCCCCAACAUGGACGUGCUCAUCUCCAUGACCACCACGAUCAGCUACGGGUACUCGCUGGCGGUGCUGAUCGCCGCGAUGGCGAUGGAGAAGGACACCAGCCCCCUCACCUUCUUCGACACGCCGCCCAUGCUGCUAGUCUUCGUCUCGCUCGGCCGCUGGCUCGAGAACAUCGCGAAGGGCAAGACCUCCGAGGCGCUAUCCAAGCUGCUGUCCCUGAAGGCGACCGAGGCGCUUCUCGUGACCCUCGACGGCGACGGCAACGAAAUAUCCGAGAAGAACAUCCCCAUUGACCUGGUCGAAAGAGGAGACAUUCUUAAAGUAGUUCCCGGUGCCAAAAUUCCGGUGGACGGCAAAGUCAUAUCGGGCCAAAGUACUUGUGACGAGUCUCUAAUAACGGGUGAAUCCAUGCCCGUUCCCAAAACCAAAGAGUCGCUGGUGAUCGGCGGCAGCAUCAACCAGCACGGGGCGCUGCUGGUGCGCGCCACGCACACGGGCGAGGCCAGCACGCUGGCGCAGAUCGUGCGCCUCGUCGAGGACGCGCAGGCCAGCAAGGCGCCCGUGCAGCGCCUGGCCGACACCAUCGCGGGCUACUUCGUGCCGAUGGUCGUAUUCCUGUCGGUGCUGACGCUCGUCUGCUGGAUAAUAAGCGGUGCCUACAACAUCGAGGAAAUAAGGGCUAUCACGCCGGAGAUGUACCGCGACGGGUCGCGGUGGCAACUGAUCGUGCAGACGGCGUUCCACUUCGCGCUGAGCGUGCUGGCCAUCGCGUGCCCGUGCGCGCUGGGGCUGGCCACGCCCACCGCCGUCAUGGUGGCCACCGGCGUGGGCGCCAAGCUGGGCCUGCUCAUCAAGGGCGCCGAGGCGCUGGAGAACGCGCACAAGGUGCGGACGGUGAUCUUCGACAAGACGGGCACGAUAACGCGCGGCGAGGCGAGCGUGGCGCGCGUGUGGCUGGCCACGGAGGCGCCGCGCGACCUGCCCGCGCUGCUGGCCUGCCUGCACACCGCCGAGCUCAACUCGGAGCACCCGCUGGCCUCGGCGAUCGUGCGCUGGAGCGGCGCCGCGCUGGGCGUGGGCAGCGAGGGCCGCGUGGGCGCGUGCGGCGGGUUCGCGGCGGCGCCGGGCUGCGGGCUGCGGGCGCGCGUGCGCCUGGCCGCGCCGCCGCCGCUGCCCGAGCCGCUGGCCGCCGCCCUGCGCCUGGCCGAGGCGGGCGGGGCGCUGUGCGUGGGCGGCGUGCCGGUGGAGCUGGUGCCGGCGGCGGGCGACGCGGCGCUCAGCUCGGCGCAGGCGGCGGCGCGCCUCCACGCCCUCAUCGCGCCCGGGGACCAGCAGGAGGCAGAGCAACUGGUGCUGGUGGGCAACCGCGAGUGGAUGGCGCGCAACGGGGUGACGGUGCCGCCGCGCGUGGACGAGGCGCUGCGCCAGGACGAGCUGCUGGGGCGCACCGCCGUGCUGGUCGCCAUCAACGAGCGGCUGGCGUGCACGCUGGGCGUGGCGGACGAGGUGAAGCCCGAGGCGCGGCUGGCGGUGCACUGGCUGCGGCGCAUGGGGCUGCAGGUGUGCCUGCUGACGGGAGACAACCGAAAGACCGCGCUCGCCAUCGCCGCCCAGGUUGGAAUCGACAAGGUGUACGCGGAAGUGCUGCCCUCGCACAAGGUGGCGAAGAUACAGAAGCUCCAGGAGCAAGGGCAGAAGGUCGCCAUGGUGGGCGACGGCGUGAACGACUCUCCGGCGCUGGCGCAGGCCGACGUGGGCAUCGCCAUCGCCAGCGGCACCGACGUGGCCGUCGAGGCGGCCGACCUCGUGCUCAUGAGGAACGAUCUCCUGGACGUGGUGGCGUGCCUGGAGCUGUCCAGGAGCACCGUGCGGCGCAUCAGGCUCAACUUCAUCUUCGCUUCUGUCUACAAUCUACUCGGCAUCCCGCUGGCCAGCGGCGCCUUCGCAAUCUACGGCCUCCAGUUGCAGCCGUGGAUGGCGUCCGCCGCGAUGGCGAUGAGCUCGGUGUCCGUGGUGUGCUCCAGCCUGCUGCUGAAGACGUUCCGCAAGAGGCAGCCGGAGCCGCUGCCGCCCGAGACGGAGCAGCUGCGCGCGGUGGCCGUGCACCGCGGCCUGGACGAGGCGCACGACCUGCACGGCCCGCCCUGCGCCAAAUUGGGCAGGCGAGAGCGGGCGCGCUGCGGAGAGCCCCGAAUCGGCGACUCCGUGGGGGAGCCCCCGGCCGGCUCACUGGCGUCGGCGGGAAGCGAGGCCGAGGCGGAGCUGAUGCAGCACGAUGACAGCAUGCUGACAGUCUCCUUCAUCCCCAAGGUGGAGCGG